UUAUAGACUUAUUUUAAUAAAAACAACAUAAAAUCGAUAUAUAAAUAAAUUUUUAUUAUUUUUUACUUUUGUAUUAUAUUUUUCUACAAAUGUAUUACUUUAAUCAUCAAUUUCAAAGACAAUAUACAACAUAUUAUUCAAUUAGUCAAUAAGUUUGUCCACAACAAUAAGCAACUAUCUAAAAACGACAACUAGUGAUAGACUACCAUUCGAGCCAAUAAUAGACAAAAAAAUAGGAGAAUAACUGAUCGAUUUGUGCUUCUAUUUAAUCGCCAGUCAGAAGUGUAAUUUGUGACAAAUUUAAUCUCAAUUAAAUAAAAUUAAAAUCUAAUAAAUAAUAAAAUCUAAAGUGGAUUGCAAUGCACGUUGAGAUACAAGUGGCCCUCAAUUUUCUUAUUUCUUUCUUGUAUAACAAACUUCCCCGAAGACGAGUGAACCAAUUCGGUGAGGAACUGGAGAAUGCUCUCAAAAUCAAGUUCGAGGGGCACUGGUAUCCGGAAAAGCCGUACAAAGGAUCAGCAUAUCGUUGUAUUCGUUGUAGUCCACCAUUAGAUCCGACAGUGUUUGAAACGGCUGCCAGAUCUAGUGGUAUGGAUCUGAGCGACAUUCAGGAGAAUCUACCGCAAGAGUUGAGCAUUUGGGUGGAUCCGGGAGAAGUGUCAUAUCGUAUGUCAGAGAAGGGACCCGUGAAGAUACUGUACUCUGAAAAAGCCGACAAUAACAUCGAAAGAGAAAAUAUCGACCGACAAGUGACCCGAACAUUCAAUCCGGAGGCCCAGUGUUUUAAACCUAUUGAAUGUCUGACAUCACAAUUUGGUGGUUUAAAUCUAACUAAUGGUAAUGCCAUCGCCAACGAGGAAGUAUCUCCGCCCAUAUAUAAGAAUAAUGUAAGUCCUAUCACUCCAUAUAUGGUGAGUAAGACAUCAACACCAGUCACAUACACGGCGGGUACUUUUGCGGCCACAAAGUUUGGAUCGACUAAACUUAAAUCAAACACAAAGAGAUCUCAUCGCAUGUCUCCAACUGAGUUCAGUAAUUAUAUCAAACAGCGAGCUCUUCAGCAACAGACAGGCCAGCAAUCGGUCAUCGGUUUGAACGGAAUGACGGCCAACACUAAUCUCUUCUCAAACAACUCGACCUCAUCUGUCUCUCCGCACAAUUCUCGAUCACUUUCUCCUAAUUCAACUCAAAUGGAUUCGACCAACAACUUCAUGCUUAUGACGGCAAACGGUGGUAAUUCUCCGACCUCUCCGAAUGGAUCAUUUGGUGGCCAACAAAAUGUAUUUACAUCAAACAUAACGACACCAUCGAAACGAAGUGCGUUUGUCAAUGGCUUGUUUGACACUAACUAUUUGUCCGAAUUGGUCGGAACCGGUGACAUAGUCAAAGCCAACCAUAACCAACAUCAGUCCAAACAGACCAAUGGUAUGAACCGAUUCACAUCCUUCUUGGACAAGACGAGUCCCUUCAUGUCAUCAGCGAAUCCAAUCGGCAACUCUACUGGUAAUUCAUUUGGUGGCUCUAAUGCCAACUUUGGCUCUCUUUCUGGUGAUUCAAAUGUAUUAAAUGGUACGUCAGGUUCUGCUAACAAUUCUUCCAAAUCUUUCGAUAACAUGAACUUCAAUGUAAACGGCGUUUCUUAUCCUAACCAAUACCAACAUCUUCUGGUUGCCAAUUGAGGGCCAAAUCAACUCAAUUGAUACAACAAAAUGCAAACUAAUUAUGAUUUAAACAUUUUAUCAUAUUUUUAAAUCAAACUUAAAUUAUUUUUUUUGUCUAAUAUGAAAAAGUAAUUAAUUAUAAUAUUGUUAAAGUUAUAAUUCAUUUGAAAAGCUGUUUAUGGGUAAACAUGUUAUUAUUAUAAAUAAGAUUUAAUUUUAUAAAUUUUUUCAUAAUUACUAGAAUCCUUGCCGUCAUAAUUGAGUUACCAUUAAAUAGGUUUCCAAUGGUGUGAAUAAUUGUUAAUAAUUAUAGUUAUAUAUACAGUAUAUAUAUAUAGAGAGAGAGAAAGAGUGAGCGCAGCUUUUAUUCUACUUUUUUCAUUUCAUAAAUUGUGUUAUUUCUCAAAUUUAAUACUAUU